GGCCUCUGCACUGACCUCAGCUGGAACGACUUGGCUGGGAGCUCUGCACAUUUCAGCGAUGCCCCCUUCUCAGUAGUACCUUUAACUUAGGACGUUGCCACCUGUGGGAUCCCUGCCCAGGCAUCUUUCACGCAGCCCCUCUUUGCUCUCUGAAUUUCACCAAGUGGUAGUUUGUACCCUGACUCCUCUUCCUUUCCUUUGCAUCCCCUUUUAUUCUGGUGUAACCUCUAACUCUCCUUUGCCCCAGCUGGUAGCAGAUCUGCCACUCCCCUCCUGUCCCCUGUGGGUGUCCAGUUGUCCUAGGUUUGUUGCCUUUCCCGGUAAUGGUAGUUGGUCAUGUCUGAGGCUGUCCCAUUCUAAACAGUAACAGUUCCUUUUCUCCUCAGUGAACAUCGUUCCACCCUAGGCAUGCCGGACUCAGAGACACUUACAUGUCUCCCGUCCAGUCCACCCUUAUAUGUCCCUGAAGACAGUUGGCCUCUGGUAACCCAGGAAGAUCUGAUACUGCACGCCUGCCAUGUGGAGCCCUACAGCCUACGCCUGGACGAAGAGGGUGGCAGGUUCCCGGGAGAGGAGUCAUACCCUGCUGUGCCCCCAAUCUGGUCGGUGGAGUCUGAUGACCCUAACUUGGCUGCUGUGUUGGAGAGGCUGGUGGACAUAAAGAAAGGGAAUACUCUGCUACUACAGCAUCUGAAGAGGAUCAUCUCUGAUCUGUGCAAACUCUAUAACCUCCCUCAACAUCCAGAUGUGGAGAUGCUGGAUCAGCCCUUGCCAGCAGAGCAGUGCACGCAGGAAGACGUGUCUUCAGAAGAUGAAGAUGAAGAGAUGCCUGAGGACACAGAAGACCUAGAUCACUAUGAAAUGAAAGAGGAAGAACCAGCUGAGGGUAAGAAAUCUGAAGAUGAUGGCAUCGGAAAAGAAAACUUGGCCAUACUAGAGAAAAUUAAAAAGAACCAGAGGCAAGAUUACUUAAAUGGGGCAGUGUCUGGCUCGGUGCAGGCCACUGACCGGCUGAUGAAGGAGCUCAGGGAUAUAUACCGAUCACAGAGUUUCAAAGGUGGAAACUAUGCAGUCGAACUCGUGAAUGACAGUCUGUAUGAUUGGAACGUGAAACUCCUCAAAGUUGACCAGGAUAGCGCUUUGCACAACGAUCUCCAGAUCCUCAAAGAGAAAGAAGGCGCAGACUUCAUCCUACUUAACUUCUCCUUUAAAGAUAACUUUCCCUUCGACCCGCCAUUUGUCAGGGUUGUGUCUCCAGUCCUCUCCGGAGGGUAUGUUCUGGGUGGAGGUGCCAUCUGCAUGGAACUUCUCACCAAACAGGGCUGGAGCAGUGCCUACUCGAUAGAGUCCGUGAUCAUGCAGAUCAGUGCCACACUGGUGAAGGGAAAAGCACGAGUACAGUUUGGAGCCAACAAAUCUCAGUACAGUCUGACAAGAGCACAGCAGUCCUACAAGUCCUUGGUGCAGAUCCACGAAAAAAACGGAUGGUACACACCCCCAAAGGAAGAUGGCUAACCCCGGAGUGCCGUUCCCUCCCUCCUUCCCCAGGCACCACUGGACCAAUUACCUUUGAAUGCUGUAUUUGGAUCUUACGCUGCCUCUGUGGUUCCCUCCCUCAUUUUUCCUGGACGUAAUAGCUCUGCCUAUUGCAGGACAAUGAUGGCUAUUCUAAACGCUAUGGAAAAAACAAACAAACACAGAACUGUUUCAAGUACUCAAGACUGACUUACAGACCAACCAACCACCUGGCUGGAACCCUUGCUAGCAGGCGUUCUUAUAAAAGAAACUUUCGAGCCUCCUUAUAUUGCUGGAAACUCAGCUGUGCUCCAGACUAGAGCCUCCUUACCUAUGCUAUGGAUUUUUAAUUUAUUUUCUCUUAUUUCAUGUACACUGCUUUUUUUGGUUACAGUGUAUGAUGGAUGUGUAUGAAAAAAUGUAUCUUUGGGAAAACAAUUACAGUUUGUUAAUUUGAA